AUGGUCCACGCCGAGUCGUCAACCGCUGCGGCCCGCAAUGGCCUUCAAGCUACCACAGCUGGGGCUCCUCCAGACUACGAACUGCCCUGGGUAGAGAAAUACCGUCCCAUCUUUCUAGACGAUAUAGUCGGAAACACCGAAACGGUAGAGCGGCUCAAAAUCAUUGCAAAGGAUGGAAACAUGCCUCAUGUUAUUAUCUCGGGCAUGCCGGGUAUUGGAAAGACAACGUCGAUUCUGUGUCUGGCGAGACAGUUGCUGGGUGAUUCAUAUAAAGAGGCUGUUUUGGAGCUGAAUGCGAGUGAUGAACGAGGUAUUGAUGUCGUUCGUAACCGGAUUAAGGGAUUCGCACAGAAAAAGGUCACGUUGCCGCCAGGGCGCCAUAAGCUUGUCAUUCUUGACGAAGCAGACAGUAUGACUCCCGGUGCUCAACAAGCGCUACGCCGCACAAUGGAAAUAUACUCAACCACAACCCGUUUUGCCUUUGCCUGCAACCAGUCGAAUAAGAUCAUUGAGCCACUGCAAUCCCGAUGUGCCAUUCUCCGCUACUCUCGUCUCACGGACGGCCAAGUUGUAAAGCGAAUUACGCAGAUAUGUGAGGCGGAAAAGGUGGAAUUCUCCGAAGAUGGCAUCGCGGCGCUUGUCUUCAGCGCCGAAGGUGACAUGCGUCAGGCCAUCAACAAUUUGCAGAGCACAUGGGCCGGUUUUGGGUUUGUGAGUGGUGACAACGUCUUUCGCGUUGUUGAUAGCCCGCAUCCGAUCAAGGUGCAGGCUAUGAUUAAGGCUUGCUGGGAGGGGAAAGUGGAUUCUGCCCUUGACAUUCUGAAUGAGUUAUGGACAUUGGGCUACUCCUCGCAUGAUAUUAUCAGCACCAUGUUCCGUGUCACCAAGACUAUCCAAACGCUGUCGGAACACUCCAAGCUUGAGUUUAUCAAGGAGAUUGGCUUCACCCAUAUGCGCAUUCUAGAUGGUGUUGGAACUCUGCUGCAGUUGAGUGGCUGUGUAGCCAAGCUGUGUAAGAUCAAUAUGAAGCCGGAACUGUUUGUGCCGCCUCGUAAUUGA